AUGGCGAGACAGCGCAACUCUCGCGGUGGCGCUUCCUCCUCCAACGGCGGUCGCAGCGGCGGUCGUCGUGGCGGCAACGACUCUUCAGCACCCUUCUCCUCCGCCGCCUACUCUUCCGGUUCCAAGUCGCGCCGCACAGCCCGCUCUUCUGGCAAGGGCACCAACAACGAUGCACCAAAAGGUCUGCAUGACGUCUACGACUUUGCACAGGCUUCCACUUCGACCCAGAGCAGGGGCUCACGACGCGCUCUGGCGGGUAUGCAAGCGGACGACUAUGCCGACUUGCCGUCCAAGGCCAAGGGCAAACAGGCGAGGCGUCGCACGGAUGACGAUGACGAUGAUGAGGACGAGGAGAGCGAUGACAGCGAUGCAGGGCCGAUCGGGCCAAAGGUGUUCGACUCGGAGGACGAGCUGAAUGCGGGCAUCGAGGGCAGCGACGAGGAGCUCGAUUCGGAUGAAGCAUUUGGUGAAAGUGACGAAGAAAAGUUUGAUGGGUGGACGUUCGGUAAGGGGGCUAAGAGCAAGCGCAAGUCUGGCGACUCUGACGACGAGGAAGAGGAGGAAGAAGAGGAGGAAGACGGUGAGGACGACGGUGGCAUGAUGGAUCUCUCCCGCAUGCUCGAUUCUGCCUCAGAGUCCGACGAGGACGACGAAGACGACAACGCAUCCGACGACGACAACGACCAGAGCAGCAGCAAGCUCGCCAAGCACAUCGAGUCGUUCGCCGCUGCCGGCUCCAAACGCAACGCCACCGCCGACUCUGACGCCGGCUCCGACGCAGAGCCCUCCACCAAGCGCUCUCGCCGCGUCCUAUCCGAGCGCACCGAGGCGAUUCCCGAAACCGAGUUCGCCGCCGCCCAUUCGGGCUCCACUUUGCGUCUCGAAGACUUCAUGAACCCGCUCUCGUCCAAUGUCGACUUUGCUGACAUCCGCAAGUCCACCAAGCUCCUGUCCAAUCCCAAGUCGUCUUCCACCACCGCUCCCUCUGCAUCCCGCAAAGGCGGAGGAGCGCUCUCGGCUCCGCUUCCGUCCGUGGUCCAAGACCGACUCGACCGACAAGGUGCCUACUCCACAACACGCGACGAAGUUGCCGGCUGGCAGCCUACGAUCAACCGUCUGCGCGAUGCCGAACACCUCUCCUUCCCGCUCCAAAAACCCGCCGUCACGCAACCGUCCACCUCUGGGCUCGUCGCCACCUUUACCCCGGACGCCGGGAUGGAAGCGUCCAUCGCGGCGAUGCUGACCGAGGGCGGGCUGACCGAGUCGCAGCUCGCAGCACAAGAGGAACUGGCCAUGAACAAGCUCGACCCGUCCGAAGCACGAGCGAGGCGGGACGAGCUGCGGAGGAUGCGAAUGCUUCUCUUCCGUGCAGAACAAAAAGCGAAGCGCGUGAGCAAAAUCAAGUCCAAGGCGUACCGCAAGAUCCACAGGAAGGAAAAGGAGAGGUUGAAGGAGCAGAUGAAGGAGCUGGAUUCGGAUCAGGAGGACGAAGACGAGGAAGAAGGGAUGGAGGAGAGGUUGAAGGCCGAGAGAGAUCGAGCGAGGGAGAGGGCCACGUUGAAGCAUAAGAACACGUCCAAGUGGGCCAAGAAUAUCUUGAGUGGCAGACACGGCGAGCAUAAUCAGGAGGCGAGGAACGAACUGGAUGCGCAAUUGCGGAGAGGGGCCGAGUUGAGGAGCAAGAUCGAGGCGAGGGAGGUGGGUGAGGAGUCGGAGUCGGAGGAAGAUACGGAGGACGAUGAGAGGGAGGAUGCCCAGGUAAUGGGGGAUGCGUUUGACGAGCUGGCUGCGCUGGAGGCCAAGGAAGAGGGGAAGCGCAGGAGGGACGAGGAGGAGUUCGAGCGGGUAGGCGGGAAGAAGGGGGUGUACAACAUGAAGUUUAUGAAGGACGCGAGGGAGCGGCAGUAUGCCCAGGUGAGGGGCGAGGUGGAUGACUUUGUGACCGAGAUGCAGGGGCUGGGUGCCCAGGAGGAAGAAGGAGACAGCGACGAGGAUAAAGGGGAGACGGUGAUCGCGAGGCGAGAACCUGAAGGGGGGUCUUCGGUGUACGUUCAGGGCAACAAGGGUCGUGCGAUGUACGGCGCCACUCCCGGUGCUACCAUCUCCACGCCCGCCGUGCAGAAGCAGAAACCCUCCGCCGGCAAAGAGGAUCUGCCACAGCCUUCAAAGAAGCCAUCCUCCGCCAACGGCACCAACAGCAACAUCGAGAUCGAUCCCGCCUCGACGCUCACCAAGUCCAAGUCUCGCACCACCAAACCCAGCCUCUCCACCGCUCAGCCCGCCUCGGACGACGAGGACGCCAACCCCUGGCUGACCAUCUCCUCGGACGGCAAAGCCACCCUCUCGCGCAAGAAGAACGACUCCUCCCUGUCGACCAACUCGACCUCGGCAGCCGCAGCAUCCAAGUCGGCGCUGCGCGCGUCCAAAUCCGCGUCCAAGAGCGCCUCGUCCAUCGCGGCGCGCAAGAACGACGAGGCGAUCUCGAUCGAUCUUUCCUCACGCCUUCACGAUGAUGACGAUAGCGACGGGGAGGCCGUCCAGCCUUCGACGGUUGUGCCCACUCUCUCGAAAAAAGCGGCGCAGCGGGGUGGAGCCAUGUCUGCUAUCCAACAGCGUUCCCUGGUCGCCGACGCCUUUGCCACAGACGACGUCGUUUCGGAAUUCGCCGCCGAAAAAGCGGCCACCAUCGACGCCGAUGCGACGAAAACCAUCGACACGCGUCUUCCCGGUUGGGGCGCUUGGACGGGCAAAGGCGUCCGUUCCCGUCCCACCAAACCCAAGCACAUGCGUACCAUCCAAGGCGUCGACGCGGACAAACGCAAAGAUGCCGGAAUGGCCCACGUGAUCAUCAGCGAACGAAGGGACAAGAAACAGGACAAGUUCCGCGCGAAAGACCUGCCCUAUCCGUACACGAGCGUCGCCCAGUACGAAGCGGCCAUGCGACAGCCGUUGGGUAAGGAGUGGAAUACGCGCAUCGAGACGCAGAGGCUGAAUUUGCCUAGGGUCACGAAGGUUCCCGGUAAAGUGAUUGCUCCUGUUCGAAGAAAGUUCUAG